GUUUCAAAUUCAUUCUCCUUCGGACACCGUCCACUCCUCGCACUCUCCGCUCCCCUCCCUUCUCUUCUCCUCUUCCUAAGUAUAAAAUCGACUUCUUCUUCACACACUCACACACUAACUCACCCUCAACAAAGACUACACCAUCCCCCCCAAUCCGUUUACCAGAACAUUACUAGCACCGCAAAAUUCCACUCUCCAACGACAAUUCCACAACCAUCCCAUUUCACCAAGCAAGCAAAUUUGGACGCGAAAACAGGAAAAAAGCAAUCUUUUUGCUGGAAAUCCGAAAGGGUUUCUUGAAUUGAAUUGUUGUGGUAAUAGAGUAUCAUUUUGAUAGUGGAUAAAGUCUUCUUUUUUGUGUUUCCUAUCUUUUUUUGUUUUCUGCUUCCUUUUUGGGGUUCUUAUUGGUGUUUGUGGUAGGAUAUGUAAUGCAUCAGAAGAAAUCAGAAGUUCAGAUCGGAAAAGAAAGCUGUGGCAUCUCUUCCGAUUUCAAUCCCACCCCUCCUCUGAGUAAUCUUCCUCCUUCCCUUCACCACAAACAACACAGCAGCAACCCCCAACAAUUCUAUUCUUCUCACUAUACCACCCCCAACAAUUUUGCUGCCUCCAUUUUGUCAUCCUCACCAUCAUCUCCGCCCCCAAACUCACCUUCUUCCCCCUGUUCCUCUCUUUCUGACAAUCCCAAUAACAAUCACAGCUUGCAUAUUAUCAUCAAUGAAAAUGAGCCAAUUGUCCCCUCUAUUGCCUCGUCUCCUACAACCAAGACCACCCCUCACAAGAGACCCCAUCUGGGCCAAUCUCAAUUCUCCACAAAAUCCUCAAAUUCUCUGAUAAAGUCCCCAACUUUGUCGAAUUCUCUUCACAAAUACCCGUUUUCUCCGGCCCCAGUUGCACCCAAAAAGUCUCCUCCUCAACCUCCUUUUUGCUACAAAUUCUUGAGUAAUUUCCAUUACCGCCGCCUCCUCCGCCACCUCCACCUCCGGCGCCUCCGCGUCCACAUCCGCCUUGUUCUACUUUUGUCCCUCCCCUUUUUCUACUUCCUUGUUUCCCACCCCAGCCACUCCUUCGUUCUUGAUUUUCUAUCUGCUUUUGCUUUCUCGGCUGCCCUGUUGUUUUCUCUCAAUUUAGCUCUCCCUCGGCUGCCUUCCAUCAGGCUGUUCUUGGCCCGUUCGCUCCCGAUUAAGCUUCCCUCGUCUAGCCAGGUGGUUUCUGGGACUAACCGGCCGCAUUUGCCGGUGUUUUGGUCAAUAGGGUCGCGGCCUAAGACCGAGAAAAGGGCGAACUCCGGUUGUUGGGUGCAGGCAUAUAGCAAUGGGGAUGUGUAUGAGGGGGAAUUUCACAAGGGUAAGUGUAGUGGCAGUGGGGUUUAUUACUAUUAUAUGAGCGGGAGGUAUGAGGGUGAUUGGGUAGAUGGCAAGUAUGAUGGAUAUGGGGUUGAGACUUGGGCAAGGGGCAGCCGGUAUAGGGGGCAGUAUAGACAGGGGCUUAGACAUGGUUUUGGUGUAUAUAGAUUUUAUACUGGGGAUGUUUAUGCUGGGGAAUGGUCAAAUGGGCAGAGCCACGGGUGUGGAGUUCAUACUUGUGAGGAUGGUAGCCGGUAUGUAGGCGAGUUCAAAUGGGGUGUCAAGCAUGGCCUGGGUCACUACCACUUCAGGAAUGGAGACACGUAUGCUGGGGAAUACUUUGCUGAUAAGAUGCAUGGCUUUGGGGUUUAUUCUUUUGCAAAUGGCCACCGGUAUGAAGGAUCCUGGCAUGAGGGUAGAAGACAAGGACUCGGAAUGUACACUUUUAGGAAUGGGGAAACUCAGUCGGGGCAUUGGCAAAAUGGGAUUCUUGAUGUCCCUAGCACACAGAAUGCGUCCCAUCCUGUAUCUCCUGUCGCAGUUUACCAUUCCAAGGUGCUCAAUGCAGUUCAGGAAGCACGGCGAGCAGCAGAUAAAGCUUAUGAUGUGGCCAAGGUGGAUGAGAGAGUGAACCGCGCAGUUGCUGCAGCUAACAAAGCAGCCAAUGCAGCUAGAGUUGCAGCUGUUAAGGCUGUGCAGAAGCAAAUGCAUCAUAGGAGUAAUAGUGAUGAUAUUCCAAUUCCUGUUCAUUAAGAAUUGCUGAUGGUGAGUCAGUCUCAUUUCAUUAGGCUCCCAACAAACCAAAAUGGCUAGAAGAAGAUGGUGCUGGUGAUAUUUUCCUUCACUUGCCUCGUGUAGAUUAACAGAACUGAAUAAUAUCUUGAAGAGUUUACUUUUGCUGCUUCCUUGAGAUGGCCUAUGACGUAGUAUAUUUCUGCACCCUUUUUCUGGUGCAUGAAAUAUAACUGACUUCUAAGCGGAACAACCUCUAUACCUUCAUGCAGCUGGCUGAGAGAGAGAGAGAGAGAGAGAUCUGUCCGCUUUGCUGCCUCUGGCUUUUAUUCUUUUCCUGUUUUUGAUCUUUUUACCUUGUUUAGUCAUUUUGUUCAUGUAGUUUUUAGCUAGUUCAACUUCAGUACUGGCCAUGAGGAAAACCUCAAUCCAGUCGGCCUUGUAUAUUAUGGUUAAUAACUGCUGAGAAACUAAUGGAACUGUUAUAACAUAGUAAUACAAAAUUUAGUUGUAUA